CUCCAGUGCCACCAUGCUCAGAGUAUUCCCGCCUGACCUGUGCGGCGCCAGUCGCGGCACCUCCUUCGGGGCGCGCUCCGCAAUGACCGCCGCAGUGCCUGUCCCGCACCACUCGGAGGAGUCGGCCCUCCUCUUCGUGCCAAGGAGGCUGGAGCUCGAGGCCUGCCCCCUCACCGCCACCCCCCCUGGCGCGCUGCCGCCGUCCCCCCACUCGGCGCGCGGAGCGCGUCGGAGGUGCGCUCUCGGGAUGGCGUCGGCGCGGCCGCCCCGAUGGCCUGGGACAGGCCAGGCGGGCACGGCAGCGGUCUCCUGGACAAGAGGGACUCGCUGGACGUGCUUGCGGCCUCCCGAGCGUGCCUGCGGGAGGCGGGCAGGCUGGACGAGAUGGAUUCGGACGCCUACAGCACAGUGGAGGCCUGCUCUCAGGAUGCCGCCGCCUUCUCGACGGACGGCGAGUCGAAGGACGCCGAGGUCCACUCGCGGGAUGGCUGUGCGCACACCGGCCCGAGUCAGAGCGCAGGCGUGCUCAUGGGGAUCUUCCUCGUUCCGUGCGUGCAGGCCUGGGCCGGUGGCUCACCGCCGACGGCGGGGUGGAGCUUGGGAAGCGAGCCCAGGCCCACCUCGCUGACGCUCGCGAACGUGCCAGCACACUACACGGAGAACAUGCUGAAGUGGACGCUUGACGCUUUGGGGCUGCUCUCGGGGUGCGACUUCGUGUACCUGCCGCGCGUGCAGGCGACUGGGGACGCGCUGACCCUGAACAUGGGGCACGCCCUGCUGAACUUCGCCACUCCUGAUGGCGCAGAUCUCGCACGCGAUCGACUCUCUGGCCACGCUUGGGACAGCGGCCUGGGGCACGGAUGCAAGCAUAUUCCGGCUGAGGUCAUGGACGCCGCGCCCCAGGGGUACCAGGACUGUGCGGACUACGUAAACUUCCUUACUUGCGGCUUGUCCAGCGACAGCAGCAUGCUGGAUUGGUUGGACGUCCCCGCCCUCAGAACGGGUCCGCAGGCAUUGCAAGUCUGUUGAGAUCCUCCUCGUUGUGCUAGUCCCCGCACGUGUUCAUGGAUCCCACCAGGCUCACAGAGCCUUGGUCUGUGAGCUUCACUGUACACAAGAGCAGCAGAGAGGGCCAGGGGGCCCACUCUCUGCCCGGGGAAUCAGUGACAGCCCGAGACGGUGGUGCCCAUGGCCAAAGCGAGGUGGGACGAGCCAUUUUCGUGAGGGCGCGGAGGCCGGGUGAGGAGAAUGGCGACGACGGCGAUGGGGAGAUCUUGCCUGCAAGCUGUGAAGGGGCACGACAGCGCACUCGUGGUGCCGUCGUGCUUGCCGGGGGCCCUCCUGCGCCGUGAUCGUUUUCCUCCGCUGUCCCUGGGGCCCGCUCUGCCUAUGGCCGUGCGGUCUCUUGCGGCGCGGGCGGCUGGCUCGCAUGCUCGGUGCGGGCGGUCGGGAACAGUUCGUCCCCCCUCUCCUGCCCCUAUGCUUCUUCUCCUCCUUCUCCGCUCCUUCGUCCUCCUGCCCCCCCUCCCCC